CUUUGAGUCGGCAAAAUCGUUUUGUGUUCAACAACCUGAAUGAGUUCGAGUUGUAAGGGUAGACCGUUUGUCAUCCCGUGAGAGUGAAGGCUCUGAUGUUUCGCACUGCAGUCUCUUCUAUGCAAGAAUUGAGGAUUAUGACUCGGCUGUGUACACUGCGAAAUUGUUCUAACAUUCAAUGAAUUUCAUUUUUGAUAAUUGAUGCGAUUAAGUAACGCACUAGAAAGAAAACACAAAAUGGUCUGUUGUUGAGAGCGUCAAAAGGAAUCUUCUGUCAAUAGCGUGAGGUAGCUCAUCUGAGGCAAACUUGAGCUUCUACUGAAUGCGAAAAAUCUUCAAAAAUUUUUCUUCAACCGUCAGUCCAAAGGGUCAAAAUUCAGCUACAGUCGUUUUUCCCCUACAGAUUUUUUUUAGAAAGAUUGAUAAAACUGGUCGUUUGACGAGUUUGUUCGGUGAGAAAUUUUAGAGGAUCUUUGGACCACACUUACAAGCUUCAACUCAUACUUACCCGCGAGAUUUGCAAAGUAGUUCGUCUGUACAACAUUCAUUAUAUCGUCUUCAGCAAGUAAGUAGUUGUAUACCAGAAGUGACAUCAAGUCCUCCUGUAUCUAGUGAGCUUCUUCGAUGUUCUAGGGUCGUUGUUCCAUAGCUACUUCAUCAAAAAAAAAAUUUUGUUCAAAAAGAUACCUACAACAAAAUGGGUGCUGCAGAUGGAGAAUUCGGCACGUCGCCAUCGAGAGGUGGGGAACAAGAAGGUGGCUUCGAUGAGGAAGCGAAGCCUUCUCGCGGUCUCUGCGGAAUGUGUGGGAUCACUCUCUGCGCCAGUGGCCCGCCGUCUAAACAUUAAGAGCAGGCUUUUGGUAUUGAUUUCUGUUACAACACCAGCCGCUACCCCCCUUAGUUGUUUUUGCCUGUCUGUCUCUUGAGGAAAAAAGAAAGACAGAACUAAUAAAUAACAGUAAAGGGGUAAGUAACUAAGUAGGACUAGAAGCACCAUUCCAAAGCCCUACAAACUCUAAGAACAGGGCGCGCAAAUGUGGCGCGAUUCGACGAUUCUGGCAAUGCAGGAUGAAUGUCUGCGCGAAUUUGUGGCGAUGGAUGACAUGUUCUACUACGAAAAAGAUGACAUCAUCAUGGCUCAAGAAGCGCAGAUGAAAGAGGGAGACGAAAGCCCUCUUCCUAAGACUAAGAGCAGAAGACCCAGUCGAUGGAUUGGAAAAGAGGGCACAGCUAUGAGUACUGCCUCUGGAGGCUAGAAGAUAGUUCUAAACUCUUGAUAAAUAUCUUGUAGAACUUAAGUAGAGACCACGGGCUAUCCAAAGGUCUUUCUUGUGAUCGUGUUUAAUGCCCUCUAAUAUUUUGACAAUUGGAAUAGACACGACUCUGUAUGAUCUAUAAUAUCCCAAUUUUUCCAGGUAACUCGCUGGACACUCCUGGAAUGAGGCAAUGGCAGAAGGUCGCUGAAACAGUUCAUGCCACUAUGUGCGCGGACAUCCCGCGCGCGCACAAGGGAGACCGCGUUUUGAAGGUCAUUGAGAAAGUUGAGCGCAUCCGUGAAGAGAAGCGACAGAAUCUGAUCGCCAACGACCUAUCCUCGGAAAGCAGUGGAACAAGCGGGGGCAACAAAAUGGCCAAUGGCAAGGCAACGCGAUCCACGACCGAGUCCUCAUGUACCGCUAAGGAGGAAGAAGCUCCAGCUAAGGAGGAAGGAGCACCUGCGGCUAAGGAAGAACCUGCGAAAACGGCUUCACCAAAGCAAGGGGGUAAGAAAAAAGGAAAGAAGUAAAACUGAAUUGGAUGAUGAACUUCUAGCUCUCUCCACCAUACUUAUUGUUGAAAAACAUAGAAGUAGAACUGCUUUUUUUAGAUUCUGCACGUUCACUGAAUGCAAUCAACUUCAACAUACUAAAGCACUCGCCAAGUGCAGAUAAUGUCUUUUUGCAUGAAAUGGGGGGAUGCCGUCCUGGGAUUUUUUUUUCAUGUUUAGUGAUUAACGCUUACGCUACAGCUGCUGCAGUAUCUUCCCUAGAAACGAUUUCAAAGAAAGAAUCAAUAACUAUAAUGUAAAUCACGUUCUUGGUCAAGGAUUAGCACUCGCGGGAAUCAUUUGACUCACAGUUGUUCGAAUUCAUCGUUUUUAUUCGGUCAGUCUGUCAGAUACAGAUGCAUAGUGAACAUGUAGAGCCGACAUAAACAUUUUAUAAGGAAAUAUAAGGCAGACGGUUAAGAAAAUGCAUCUGCGUACUUGAACCUUACAGAAGGUAAGAUACUCCUUUGUUUGGUUCUUAAGUCAAAAAAGUCAGUCUUUAUGUACUGUCUAAGGAAAGUGACAACAUCUUCGUUUGUACUCUAAAAAAGCACGAGACGAAUAGGAAUAGAAUUAAAGUAUGCCUUCGUCUCGCGAACGAAAGCAGC